UGACAUUUGACAUUUACGCAUUAUUUAUCAAGAACUGUGUAUUUGUAUUCCACUCUAUUUCACAAAAAAGAAUAAUAACACAAUUUAUUCUAAAAUUACAAAAAUAAUUAGCUUAUAUUAUAAUCAUGGAAGUAGAAUCAGAGGGUCACAAUAAUCUGGAAACCACCGUUGAUAAGCCCCAUUCUCCUGCUCGAAGUGGGGCUUCGCGAUCAUCUUCCGUUGCAUCCGCAGCGUCCAGAUCGGCCAGUCCAGAUAUGAACGGUAGCGGCGAUAUAUCCAGACAGUCCCGUUCUCGUUCUCGAAGUAACUCGAGACCACGUAGCGCAGCCAGUUCGAAGUCCUCAAGGUCCCGCUCGGGGUCUCCCCGUUCGCGCAAAUCCCGCAACUCCAAAUCCAAGUCGAGAUCCAGAUCUCCUUCAGGUGGUCCUAAAUCUCCCAGCGGUUCUGCAAGAGCAGCUUCCGCAGACUCACAGAGAUCGCGUUCCGGGUCCAGAAAAUCGCAUUCGAGGUCUCGAUCAAGAUCUAAUUCUGGCUCACGAAAAUCCAAAUCGAGAUCAGCAAGUCCGCGUAAUAGAGAUGCUAGAUCAAAGUCAGGUUCGAGACCUUCCUCUCCAAAGGCUGCGUCGAGAUCUAGUUCUCCCUCUGGUUCAGUUAAUGGUAAAGAAAGAAAAUCCAGAUCCAAAUCUAGGUCUCCAAAAGCAUCAUCUAGAUCGCCGAGUAAAGAUGAAUUGAAUACCACAAAAUCCCCGCAGAGAGCGGCUUCAAGAUCACGAUCCAGAUCAAAAUCUCCCAUGUCCACUAGAAAAUCCAGGUCUCGUUCAGGUUCUAUGAAACGAGCCUCAAGAUCCAGAUCCAAAUCGGCGCGUUCUAGAUCGGGCUCAAGAAAAUCAAAGUCCCGUUCAAGAUCCCGUUCAGUCAGAUCGAGAUCAGGCUCGCGCAGAUCCCGUUCGGGUUCCAGAAGGUCACGGUCCGGUUCCGCAAGGUCCAGAUCCGGAUCCCGCAGGUCUAGAUCAGGUUCUGCGAGAAGCAGAUCGGGCUCCAGAAGGUCCAGAUCCGGCUCGAGGAGGUCUAGAUCGGGUUCGAGGAGAUCCAGAUCGGGCUCAAGAAGAUCUAGAUCAGGCUCAAGGAGAUCCAGAUCAGGCUCGGCGAGGUCUAGAUCGGGUUCGAGAAGAUCCAGGUCCGGUUCGAGAAGAUCCAGGUCCGGUUCGAGGAGAUCCAGGUCGGGAUCGAGGAGAUCCAGGUCCGGUUCGAGGAGAUCCAGGUCAGGAUCGGCUAGAAGUAGGUCGGGCUCGCGAAGAUCUAGGUCUAGAUCGGGUUCAGCAAGAAGCAGGUCGGGUUCGAGGAGAUCUAGGUCGGGAUCGAGGAGAUCUAGGUCCGUUUCGAGAUCGAAAUCCCGCUCUAGAUCAAGGUCUAGGUCCCCAUCGGACAUGGAAGGUACUACAAGUAGAAAACGACAUAUGCUAUCAGAUUCGGAGAAUGAAGGGGAAUCAUCGGCCAAAAUAAAACGAGCUGUUGUUAGCGAUGAUGAGGAUGCGGAACAACAACAAGUUGUUCCCGAAGAACCGGCUCCUCAACAACCAGAUUAUGAUUCUGACGAUGAUAGAGUUGGUAUGAACGAGCACAGCGGAUUAUCAGAUUUCGACAUUAUGCUUCAAAGGAAGAAAGACUCAACGAGGAAACGAAAGCGAAGAGAUAUCGAUAUAAUAAACGACAACGAUGAUAUUAUUGCGGGACUUCUCGGCGAUAUGAGAAACGCUGCAGAUGACGACCGUAGACUCAACGAACAACUCAAACCGGCUACCAAAAAAAUCGCCAUGUUAGCAAAAGUGAUGUCCCAACUGAAAAAGCACGACUUACAAUUGGCUUUUAUCGAACACAACGUGUUAAAUGUAUUAACCGACUGGCUGGCUCCGAUGCCGGACAGAUCCUUGCCCUCGUUGCAAGUCAGAGAACAGUUAUUGAAACUUUUAGCCGAGUUCCCUAGAAUCGAUCAAUCGACGAUAAAGCACUCGGGCAUAGGUAAGGCGGUGAUGUAUUUGUACAAACACCCAAAAGAGACUAAAGAGAACAGGGAAAGAGCCGGACGACUGAUUAGCGAAUGGGCCAGACCGAUAUUCAAUCUAUCGACAGAUUUUAAGGCUCUUACUAGAGAAGAAAGAAUGCAAAGAGACUACGAACAAAUGGGUAGCAAGAGGAGGAAAUCCGAAGACGAGGUGUCAGAUCGAAAAGAGCUCAAUAAAGCUCUAAAUGCGGAAGGAAAACCUCUUAGACCCGGUGAUAAGGGUUGGGUGGCCAGAGCGCGAGUGCCGAUUCCUUCGAACAAGGACUAUUUAGUACGCCCGAAGUGGCAGAGCGAAGUCGAUAUUAGCAGGUCGUCGAAGAAGUCGUUGAAUAGAUUCGAAAGGCACUACAAGAACUUCGUAGACGGCAAGAGACUAAAGCAGACCAGGAGGGCUGUCGAAAUUUCGAUCGAAGGGCGGAAAAUGUCCUUGUAAAAAAUAUCCUUUAAUAUUUACUUUCGAAUUUUAUUUUCUAUGCAAGUUGUUUUCGUGAACGAGUUUGUUAAAUUGUAAUAUAGAUACAAUUAGUAGCGACUUAUCAUUUUUUCUCUAGUAAUAAGAAAUAAUUGUUCGUUUUAAUUUAAUAAUGAAUAUAGAGUUAUUCUGAAAUAUAAAAUAUGACCGAGCAUUCGAUGGAAUAUUGUUUUUGUACAUGUAGAACAAAUAAAGUGGGUGAG